UUCCGCACUCGCACACCAAGUUAACCACUCCACCGCGCCGCAGUUAGCACCCGACGCUCCUCGCAACUGUACAAAAGCCUCUCCUCCUCGCUCCCCUGUCGACGAGGAGAGUGAGAGCGAUGAGGAAGUCGACGGUCACGAGUGGAGGGCGCAUGCUCCGGGCGGUGGGGACGCAGGUCGGCGGCGGCGACCUCAACGGCGCCGGGCGAGCCGCGAAGCCUACGCGCGUCGUCGUGGUGUCGUCGCCCACCGCAACGUCGCCGCCGGGAUCGCCCCCCUGGACCUCAGCAUCGGCCAGAGGAUGGUGCUCGCUUCCGUGGUUCGCGGACGGAGAGGAUUGGGAACGCGGAGAUUCGGGAGCGGCCGACGAGAUCGGGGUCUCGGAGCGGUACGUGUUCGAGACGGAGCCGUCGAAGGAGGAGGCCGAGGAGGCGGUGUCCGCUCUCCAGCGGUUUCUUGUACCAGUCACAUUGCCUCAGGUUGCAGAAGACGGAUCUCCUAUUUCGGUUCAGGGAGUAGUUGAGAAGGAGAUUGUUUCAAUUGAUGAGUUUGAAAGAGGUUGCUCCGCUGAAUUCUCCACAGAAUCUGAGUCUGAUUGGAUUGAACCCGCGAUGCACCUUUUCAGCUCAAACUCUUCUCAGUCGAAACAAUGUGAGAAAGUUUAUGAUGCAUUCAAUUUACUGAAGAUAAGUCCAUCUAUUCAGAGGAUGGUUGUUUCACUCUCAUCUGAUAAAGCUAUAUGGGAUGCUGUUAUGAAGAACGAAGCAGUUCAGGAGCUGAAGAAGUGUUUCUGUGAAGUUGGAGACGAUGGAACAGCGAGUGCAGAUGGUGACCCUGACAUCGCCAUUGGAUCUCUGCGUUGGAUACUUCACAGCACAAAGGCCAAAGUGAGGGAGUUCAUUGAUCACAUCACGAGGCUGAUGAAUGAGAUCUUUCACUCGCAAGGGACUGACGACAAGACCGAUUCCUUCAACGACGCUGUGCGUUCUUCGUUCAUGCUCUCGGUGAUGGUGUUCAUUGUUGUCGUAGUUAUACGUAUCCAGAGAUCAUAACAAUCGUUCUCUGAGAUGGUUUGUAUGCUUUCUUCAGCAUUGCAAUUGCAGUAUUAAAGAAGGCAGUUUAUGUAAAGCUCUCAACGCUUGAGCAAAGUAUUUUUCAUUUUUUAUUUUUUUCGGGGGAUAAUUAGCUCCUUGUUUUUUAUUUAAUACAUGAUGUAUAAAACUUUAAAAAAAAUUAAUAAUAAUAAUGAUUUGUGUUUUAAUUAAAAGAUAAUCGUUUCCAUCAACUUUCUAAUAAUUUAAACCUGUCAAUUAACUUAGUUGGUUAAGACUUUAAUUAUUUCUCACAAAGUCAUAAUAUCAAAUCUUAUUUAUAUAAUUUAUUUUUAAUAUAAAAUUAGUUUUAAUAACAUAAAAAAGAAGGAUAAAUAGAAAAUAUCACAUGGAUAGGACAAUUUAUACACAGCGUGUUAGCAAAAU